GUUAGAACCACUCUCUUUCCUUUCACUUCCUCACUCACUCUCUCACACACACACACAGCCACAGCUAAAACACACACAUUUUAAACAAUACGCACGGACCUCCGUUGGUUUCUUUUAACCGGCGGCGCCAUUACCACGAAAUUGUGGAAAAAGUCUUAACCCUUGCUCUCCUCCCACCACUUGUCACCAUACUCAAUCAGCUCUUUUUUCACUCUCUCUCUCAUCCGCUAAAACGACCAUUACUAUAUCUAAAAACUAGGACUCCUACUCCUCUUCACCAUACAACCUUACAACAACUUUCACUACAAGAACAUUAACUCCAAUCCUUAUCUUUUCCAUUCUUAAUUUAUCCACUUUCUUUCUUAAUUUCUCAUCCCCUCCAUUUCUUGUAUGGCUUUGAUUUUAGAACAACAAUCAAACUUUAAGCACUUUUGUAAAAUUUGCAAGAAAGGGUUUGGCUGCGGUAGGGCUCUAGGAGGACACAUGAGAGCUCAUGGAAUUGGCGAUGAUAAUGCUCAGAUGGAUGAUGAAGACCCUGCCAGCGAUUGGGAAGAUAAAUUGGGAGGCAAUGUGCCUCCUAGCAGCAAGCGGAUGUAUGCAUUAAGAACCAAUCCUAAUCGGUUUAAGAGUUGUCGUGCUUGUGAAAAUUGUGGCAAGGAAUUUUUAUCAUGGAAAUCUUUUCUUGAACAUGGAAAAUGCAGCUCCGAGGAUGUCGAGUCGCUUGUUUCCUCUCCAGGAUCCGAUGGCGAGGAUGCCACGCCAAGGGGAGGAUGCGGUUGGUCUAAAAGAAAAAGAUCUCUGAGAGCUAAAGUGAGCAAUUUUAGCUCAAAUUGCCCUUCCAGCGAAGAGGAAGAUCUCGCAAAUUGCCUUAUGAUGUUAUCUAAUGCAGCAUUUGACCCUUUAAUAGCCGAACCAGAGGAGUCAUGUGCCUCGGCUAGCAAAGAAGAGGAGAGAAGAAAUCCAAUGAAUUUUAUAGCUCCAAUGCCUUAUAGAGCACCCAUGGACAAGGCCAAAGGGGUUGCUAAAGGAAUGUUUGAGUGCAAAGCAUGCAAGAAAGUUUUCAAUUCCCAUCAAGCAUUAGGUGGACAUAGAGCUAGUCACAAGAAGGUUAAAGGGUGUUUCGCAGCCCGGCUUGAUCAAGGACUCGAUGAUAGUCUAGCCGAUGAGGAUGUUAUUACACAUGAAGAAUUUUUUCCAGCAAAAUCAACGUCAACUUUCCAGUUUGAUCAUGGUUCGAAUGCUCCAUUGGCUUCUACUUCAAAAAGAAAAUCAAAGGUACAUGAAUGCUCCAUAUGUCAUCGUGUAUUUUCAUCGGGACAAGCUUUAGGUGGACAUAAAAGGUGUCAUUGGAUCACUUCAAAUUCACCAGAUGCAUCUUCUUUGGCUAAGUUUCAUCAUUUCCAAGAUCGCAUUGAGCAAAUUCAACAAAGACCCAAGUUUAUCGACAAUAUUCCUGAAACGCUUGAUCUUACGCUUGAUCUGAAUCUUCCAGCUCCAGCUGAUGAGCAAAACGGAGUCCGGCGGGAAACCCCUGCAAACCCACCUAACUAUGAAGUUUCUACAGAGAUUUAUUUACAAACUUGGAUAGGGAUUGAAGCAAAAGUAAAGGAUGAAACUCAGCAGCACCAUCACCAUCAAAACGAGGAUGACAAUGACAAGAACAAUAACCCCACCGCCAACAACAACAACACAAAUUGUAAUGGUUCAAUGCAAAAUGUGGAUGAUGAAGCUGACAGUAAGGUGAAGCUAGCAAAGCUUAGCGAACUCAAAGAUAUGAACAUGCAUGGAAACUCAUCUCCAUGGUUGCAGGUAGGGAUUGGUUCAACUGCAGAUGUGGGCGCAAACCCAUAAAUUUUUUUUUCCAGUGAAGCGACAUUAAGGUCUUCUCUUCUUUUUUUUUUUUUUUUUCUU